AUGAUGGCGGUAAUCUGCAACGCAAUUACCGCCUCCUCCGUGCUGUCGAUCGUGGCCAUCGUGCUGUCGAUCAUAGCCAUCACCCGCUCCGUGAACGAUUGCAUGGUCGGAAAAGCGCCCGUGCGCAAACUGCUCAAUAGCGGCCAGUACCACCACCUCGCGAUCGCUCAGCGCGGGAUCGAUCCCAAGGAUGCUUUCAACUAUGUGAAGGAGAAUCCUCCCGGUUACAAAUUCGGCCCCCUUCCCGACAAAUGGGUCCAGGAGGGGGUGGAGCGCUUCCCGUACAUCUACUGCCAUAAUGCAUUUGAUAUCCGCGUGAUGAAUGAGGUGAAGGCGGCGUAUCUGGCGGCAGGAUUGAACUGGGAGUCUGUCUGGGAAAACCCUGAAUACGUGCAAUCUGGGGUAGCCUUUGCAGACCCCGGACUUACCAAGGUGUUCGCCGAGCUCCAGAACGCGGCGAUGUCCGAGUGCCGCAGGCGGCCUGAGUAUCACCUUGGGACAAACUUCGCUCGCGGCACCAUGGUCUACCAGGACUUUAUGGGCACGCAGGACUUGGCCCAUGAUCUCGACACCCUUCGCACGGCCAUCGGCGCGGAUAAGCUGUCCGUCUGGGGCGUCUCUUACGGCACAGAAGUGGGCGCAACCUACGCGACGGUGUACCCGGAGCGGGUCGACAAAGUGAUCCUGGAUGGAAAUGUCGCGAUAUCGAAUGAGAUCUACGAGGCUGCGCACCUCUGGGCUCUCAGCUACGAACAAGUUUGGAACGGACUCGCGGCAGCUUGCAACAACGAUUUCUUUGUGGCCGGCGGCAUCGACGCCCCUACCCUCCCCGCCGAUGACUUUUGCGCGGCGACGCCAUAUCCAACGGACAAAAUGAGCAAGCUCCUGGAGACAGACGAAACGCUUUUGUUGAUGGCUUAUACUCUCCUCGGAAAAUUCUUCGAGGACUACGGAAUUAUGUGGAAGGGUGUCUCUCCCGGCAGCGCGAUCAUGAUGGCGUGCGUCGAGUCCCUCCACAAGAACGGGGACUUCGACGGGGAGGGCUGUUGCGACUACCAGCCCGAAAAGAAAUGUUGCAACGGUAAGAUUCAAAUUCCAGCCAACUCAAACACCACUUUUCAAGAAAUGGAGGAUGGAAAUCCCACUGUCGCGCUGGUUCGCUCCGUCGACAUGGCAGGACGACUCAGCACCGCGGACAUUGCACGCCUCUGGGCCGACCUCAGGGACAAACACCCGAUCGGGUUCCUUCGCGCAAACGGUAUCAUCAGCAUCGUCUCGGCGCCCAACCUGCCACGCCCGGUGCCUUCUUACGGAUCGGGGCUGGACAAGCUGAAGCCUCUCAUCAUCGGCGACUUUCACGACCCCGCUACGACGUACACGGCUUCGCAGGACAUGCGAGACAAGUUUCCCAACGGCGCGCUGAUGAGCUGGCAGGGCUACCACCACGGCCUCUUUGACGAUGGCGACUUUGGCUUGUCCGACUACACCUCCUACACGUUCCAGAGCGAGGGUUACGGCGCGAAGGAUUGCUACGACAGGAUGUUGAACUAUCUCGAGGAUGGCACGCUCCCACCGAACGGCUACACGUGCCCGAUCAAUGGCCCAGCCGCAGGCUCUCUCAGCCUGAAGGUUGCAAAGCAGGUGCCCACGUGCCCGCCGGCCAAUGCCCCAUCGCCUUAA